AACCACAAUAUAACAAUGGCGGGAGUUUGAAUUACAGCAGAAAAAAAGAGAGAGCAAACAAUCAGGGACAGCUACAAAUUCGAGACAAGAAAAUGGAAAAUACAAGCCACAAUGAUGUUGAUUCUCUUUGCAGGAAUAUUCAAGAGCUUAGAGAUAUUCAAAGAAGUUGUAUUGAAGAUCCAGAGUCCUGCGAUUUAGAACUGAAGAAAUUACUGGAAGAUUCUACACUUCAAUUUAAGAGCAAAGUGGAACAGAUAUUGUAUGAUGCUUCAGAGAUCAGCUUCUCGUCUGAUGAGGAUAUAGAUGAAUUUUGGGAAUAUUUGAAGAAUGAGCUAAGCACAGAGGAGGCUAAGAAUGCAAAAAUAGCAGAUGAAAUUGAGGGGCUUUCAAGGGAAUAUGUUGAAGGUUAUAGCAAAUUGGUGAACGGGAUUGAAGGCCUAAGUUGUUCUUUGGAGCUCAUAGAAUCACAGGGACUUGAACAAGGAAGAGUACUGGCAAAUUUUGCUUGUUCGACAACUGGAGAAGAUAAUGGAAACUUGUCAAAUACAUCUGUGGAAUAUAACUUUAAGAUCUUAGAAUUAGGCAUUCAGCUUGAGGAGAGCGAAAUGAAUUUGAAGUCAUUGCAAGAUCUCGAGAGUACGCUCAACAGGCUUGAGGCUAUGGAGGAGUUUGAAGAUGCAUGUUCUGGUCUUAAGAUAGUUGAAUUUGAGGGGAACUGCAUCAGAUUAUCUUUGAGAACUUCUAUCCCAAACUUAGAAAGCUUGUUGCAUAACCAAAAUAUAGUUGAUGUUGUUGAAACACCAGAGAAGAAUCAUGAGUUGUUAAUUGAACUGAUGGACGGAACCAAGGAGCUAAAACAUGCCGAGAUUUUCCCAAAUGAUGUAUAUAUAAGUGAAAUAACUGAUGCUGCGACAUCCUUCAGACAGGCCUAUUCUGUGACAGUUCUUGAAGAUAGAUGUUUUUUGGAGUGGUUGGUUAGAAGGGUGCAGGAUCGAAUUGUUCUUUGCACAUUAAGGCAAUUUCUGGUGAAGAGCGCAAAUAAUGCAAGGCAUUCAUUUGAAUACAUGGAUAGAGAGGAGAUGAUAGUAGCUCAUAUGGUUGGUGGAAUCGAUGCUUUCAUAAAGCCACUUCAAGGUUGGCCACUAACUAGCUCUGGUUUAACGCUGAUGUCUCUGAAGAGCUCAAGUCACUCCUCAAAAGAAAUACCUUUGACCGUCCUUUGCAAGGUUGCGGAAGUGGCAAACUCGUUGGAUACAAAUUCACGACAGACUAUCUCAGUCUUCGCGGAUAGAGUUGAAGAGAUACUUAUGCAGCAAAUGAGUGCAGUAAUUUCAAACUGAAAAUAUUCCAGAAGAUUACUUCUUCCCUGCUCUGUGUCUGUACUCAUUUUGGUAAGAUUUAUCAAUGUCAUAAUACUGUUUACAUUCAAUAGUAUGCCAGCUGCUAGUUCUCCGAAUCACUCUGUAAAUUUUCCAGCUAUGGAGAUGGUAUCUAUAAAAAACAUUUGAAUUAGUAUGUCCUAAUUUAUCUCACUGAAUUUUUCAGAUAUUUGAACAGAAGUGGAGAGUUAGUAUCACCCUGAUGUAGGUUUCUCAUAAAAGUGUCAAACUAUCACUUGCAUGUAAACCUUAACUCUAAUGCAUAUGAUUAUUUGUGUGAGCUUAGUAUCAUUAUGGAUGUAUAACGGGAUUUUUAAUCAUAUCAAGGUAUAUAGCUCAGAGUCUACGCUUCC